AUGUCCGAUGUAGUCGAACUGGACGAGGCGCUUACGUACGGCCCAUACCUCGUGGCGAGCUGGCCUACGCGUUCGUCGGCCUCUGAAACGCGGAACGAGGACCUUCCAUCAGCGUCCCACCAACAGCAGUCGCUAAUGCUGCUCGCUGACCUGUGCACUCACCUCUCAUCACACAUGUCGAAACCGCUGGAAAGAUGCGUUAUGAAGUGCCAUGGGCCUGGCCGAGAGGCUCCAAUGGCUGACGACGGGGUAUUUGAACAGGGGUGCAAAAGGCUUGGCACGAGGCAAGACCUGGUUGGCCCCAGGCCUGUCACUGUGCCGUGCGAGGCAGAGAGUUCUGUCGUACAAAAGACCUGCGAAGGAGCGCUAGUUGGCCGGAAAGCAAGGGAGCUCAGGGGAGACACUGCGGUCCCUGACGAAGCGCCUCUCUUACACGCCAACGGCGACUAG